UUGAACAGAUCAGAGCUCAAACUGCUGUGACUCAGUGAAACUGAACCAGUCAUCGAGACACGAAGCAGAAAUGGAGCAGAAAGGAGUUCAGCUGAGUCGGGAAACAUUUUCCUGUUCCAUCUGUUUGGAUCUACUGAAGGAUCCGGUGACUAUUCCCUGUGGACACAGCUACUGUAUGAGCUGUAUUCAAACCCACUGGGAUGGAGAGGACGGGCAGAACCUCCACAGCUGCCCUCAGUGCAGACACACCUUCAUACCCAGGCCUGUCCUGGUCAAAAACACCAUGUUGGCAGUUUUAGUGGAACAGCUGAAGAAGACUGGACUUGGAGCUGCUGCAGCUGAUCACUGCUACGCUGGAGCUGAAGAUGUGGUCUGUGAUGUGUGCACUGGGAGGAAACUGAAAGCUGUCCAGUCCUGUCUGGUGUGUUUGGCUUCUUACUGUGACAAACACCUUCAGCCUCAUCAUGAAUCUGCCGCCUUUAAGAAACACAAGCUGGUGGAUCCGUCGGAGAAGCUCCAGGAGAACGUCUGCUCUCGUCACGAUGAGGUGAUGAAGAUGUUCUGCCGCACCGACGGUCAGUGUAUCUGUUAUCUGUGCUCUGUGGAAGAACAUAAAGGCCACGACACAGUGUCAUCUGCAGCAGAAAGGACUGAGAGGCAGAAGGAGCUGGAGCUGAGUCGACAGAAAAUCCAGCAGAGAAUCAAAGACAAACAGAAAGAUGUGAAGGCGCUUCAACAGGAGGCGGAGGACAUCAGCCGCUGCGCUGACGAAGCGGCGGAGAAGAACCGCAAGAUCCUGACCGAGUUGAUCCGACUCCUGGAGGAAAGAAGGAGCGAUGUGGAGCGGCAGAUCAGAUCCAAGGAGGAAACGGAAGUGAGUCGAGUCAAAGAGCUGGAGCGGAAGCUGGAGCAGGAGAUGACUGAGCUGAGGAGGAAAGACGCUGAGAUGGACAAACUGGCACAAACACAUGACCACAACCAGUUUUUACUCCAGUAUCCAUCAGUGUCCACACUCAGAGAAGAUCCAGACUCAUCCCACGUCCACGUCCGUCCUCAGAGUUACUUUGAGGAUGUGACCACAGCUGUGUCAGAGCUCAGAGAGAAACUCCAGCUCAGUCUGACAGAAGAAUGGACCAACAUCUCACUGAGCAUCAGUCAAACACAGGUUCUACUAGAACCAGAACCACAGACCAGAGCAGGAUUCUUACCAUAUUCACGUCAGAUCACACCGGAUCCAAACACAGUGAAUGAAGAUCUGUCACUAUAUGAGGAGAACACACGAGUAGCAUUUAUGAGACAAAAACCGAACUAUCCUGAUCAUCCAGACAGAUUCAGUUACUGGCCUCAGGUCCUGAGCAGAGAGAGUCUGACUGGUCGAUGUUACUGGGAGGUGGAGUGGUGGGGGGGGAGUGUUCGGGUCGCAGUCGCAUAUAAGUAUAUUCAGAAAAAAGGAAGGUCUAAUGAAUCUGGAUUUGGAUUCAAUGACAAAUCGUGGGCUUUAGAUUGUUCCGGUGGCUCUGCUUCAUUUCUUCAUAAUGGUGUCAGCUCUUCUGUCCCAGGUCCAGUUUCCUCCAGAAUCGGAGUGUACCUGGAUCACACAGCAGGUAUUCUGUCCUUCUACAGCGUCUCUGAAACCAUGACUCUGAUCCACAGAGUCCAGACCACAUUCACUCAUCCUCUGUACGCUGGACUUCGGUUUUCUUGUGAUGUUGGAUGCACUGCCAUCUUUACUAAACUAGAACUAAAUACAACUGAAACCCUGUUAGAAUAAUUGUACAUAAGUUAUCACAUUCAUGCCAUACUUAUCAUGUUAUUAUAUGCUGUGUUGAAUGAGGGCAAAGUGCUCUUCGAGUUCUUUUACA